AUGUAUGUAGGCUAUCUUUUGGAUAAGGACACCAACAUGUAUCCCAGUCCCGUCCGGCAUCCCAGCCUCAACCUCAACCCCCAGAACUACGUGCCGGGGCCACCCCAGUACUCGGACUUCGCCAGCUACCACCAUGUGCCAGGGAUUAACAACGACCCGCACCAUGGGCAGCCGGCGGCCGCCUGGGGCUCACCCUACACCCCUGCCAAGGAGGACUGGCACUCGUACGGCACUGCUGCCGCCUCCGCCACCACCAACCCGGGGCAGUUUGGAUUUAGCCCCCCGGAUUUUAACCCCAUGCAGCCCCAUGCGGGCUCUGGACUCCUGCCUCCAGCCAUCAGCAGCUCGGUGCCACAGCUGUCCCCUAAUGCACAGAGGCGCACCCCGUACGAAUGGAUGAGGCGCAGUAUUCCCAGCACCAGCAACAGCGGCAAGACGAGGACAAAGGACAAGUACCGGGUGGUGUACACGGACCACCAGCGCCUGGAGCUGGAGAAGGAAUUUCAUUACAGCCGCUACAUCACCAUCCGCCGUAAGGCCGAGCUGGCCGCUGCCCUGGGGCUCACUGAACGGCAGGUGAAAAUUUGGUUUCAGAACCGGAGGGCGAAGGAGAGGAAGGUGAAUAAAAAGAAGCUGCAGCAGCAGAGCCAGCCCACCAGCACCACCACGCCAACCCCGCCAGCCGUGGGCACACCAGGGCCCAUGGGGACCCUCUGCAGUGGCAGUGCCCCAAACCUUGUCUCCUCAUCUCCGCUCACCAUCAAGGAGGAGUUCAUGCCUUAGCCCCCUCCGCCAGCCAUAGACA